AUGUUGGACGAGCUAGACGACGUCUUUGACGACCAUCCGUCGUUGGAUGCGUCACUUGAAGACUUUGAGAAUAACAGCAAUGCGCAUCGAUUCCCGCUGUUUGGGAUGCCUUCGCAGCACUCCGGCUUUCGAUCCGAAGACUCAGACGAGGAGAUCUCGGACCCUGCAAAUGACCGUUGGUCCCCGCCCACGUUGCGCGGCCAUGAUUUCGUGCAGGGCAGUGGCUGGUACCGAGGCCAGCCAUAUACUAGGCCCACCGAUCUCCAGGGGCAGCGGCUAGAGUUGAAGCCGACGGCCGGGCUGCAGAACAUGUCCCCUUCAUUGUCGCGUGAACCAAGCCCGCAAUACGAAGAUGCAUUGGAGGACCCCACAAAGACCAAAGCAAACGAACACGCUGACCUGGCUGAUGCCACUGCUGCCGCCAACGUCCCACUUCCUUUGGAGUCCCCCACUCCACAAAGUGGACGCUCCCCUAGCCCCGUGGCGCAACGGAAACAAGGAAGCGAAAUGGCCAAAGCCCCUCAAGCCGAUGAGAUGGGCUUCCGGACGGAGAACCUAAGUAACUAUAUCCGGUUCGCCGUGAGAGCGGAAGUCCAACAUCGCGAACCCAUCGCCGCUAUCACUAAUUAUCUACGUACUAAGUUCGAUCGAAUCACCAGCUCCAAAUCCAAUACGACCUUGUCGAUCGUGCUCUCUGGAUUCGCCCGUUCCUUUGAGCCUUUGAUCUAUUAUUCAGAGAAUGGGGUUCAGCAGAUCGGCACUCUCCAAGAGACCGGUGUGGCGGUCUGGGACCUGAGCGAGUCGGUUCGCGGUACCAACAUGACCAGCGCUCCGAUUAUCGUGGCUCAGCUGGAUGAGCUCUCAGACUCUUUGAAGUCGCUGUCUCUCGAGCUGACCCGAUUCUUUGCCAAUGUCGACUCAGAUAUCGACUCUAUUUUGAUCGUAAUGGACUGGGCCAAGCGAGAGCUGGAGACCCUCUCCGCCCAGCCACCCAGCACUGUGCCCACGGUGAUCUUCGACAAUGUACACAAUAUGUUGUCAAGGGUUGGCGCUCUUGAACGCACCACCGAGGUCGCGGAUGGUGGGGUCGCUGGCACGACCACGACGCCGCUCGGCCAUCUCGUCAUGGCUGUCUUCGGGCAGACGUCUGCGCAACGCACCCGCGCCACGAUAACGAGAACGUUCACAGAAUUCCUCUCGGUUUUAGAAGAAUCAAUUAACAGCGAACUCACCCAUUCAACAGCGCUGUUCGCGCUCUUCGAAUCUAUCGACCGUCAAUUCCUCAACCUUCAGCGCACAGUAGUCCGCGAAUCAGACGCCCAGGAACGCGAAGAAGGCGAGAUGCUCAGCUCCCUCUGGACCAGAGUCCUAGGCCCCGACGCCGUCGCCGUGCGCAAGUAUGACAAGAACAAGCGUCUCCUCGCAAACGUACGCAGCCGCACUGUCGCGAACAAGCAUCUUCUUGUGGACCACCGAGGCCGCCUGUUGACACUGAAGGUGAACCUGGAGACGCUGCGACGGAAGCUUGUCAGUCCACUGGUCCGACGGAAUGACUCGGUCAGUUUCGUCGGAGUGGAGGGCGGUGCCGCGGCUGCUGCCAGCUCCGGGGCUGCAGGGCGCAUGCUUGGGCCCGUUGAAGCGGUGAUUGACGGCCAGAUCCGUGGUCUAGAAGGCACGUAUGACUACCUGAGGACAGUGCGCGAGCGCCAGAAGGCGAAACUGAUGGAGAUGGUCUAUGGGGCUGGCAGGAGGCCAUCGUACUCUGUCCUCACGGGCUCAGACCGUGAGGACGAGGGGGCGGCUUUGGACGGUGUUUAG